ACAGUGCAUAGCGGCGCCGUGCUGUCGCAAAGGCCACAUCCGGGCGGCGAAUGAGCGAGUCGCUUUCCGUGCGCUGCGGCGGCGGCUGGGUCUUCCUGCUCCCGCCGAGCUGCCGGACGCCCCGACGGUAGCCAUCUGCGUCGCAGUCGGCCCGGUGCCCCCGCCUCCGCGAUGCCCCCCAAGAAACAGGCUCAGGCCGGGGGCAGCAAGAAGGCGGAGCAGAAGAAGAAGGAGAAGAUCAUCGAGGACAAAACUUUUGGACUGAAGAAUAAGAAAGGAGCAAAGCAACAGAAAUUUAUUAAGGCUGUCACUCAUCAAGUGAAAUUUGGUCAACAGAAUCCACGUCAGGUAGCGCAAAGUGAAGCUGAAAAGAAAUUGAAGAAAGAUGACAAGAAGAAAGAACUACAAGAGCUAAAUGAGUUGUUCAAACCUGUAGUUGCUGCACAAAAAAUAAGCAAAGGUGCAGAUCCCAAAUCUGUGGUGUGCGCAUUCUUCAAACAGGGACAGUGUACUAAAGGAGAUAAAUGUAAGUUCUCUCAUGACCUCACUUUGGAGAGAAAAUGUGAAAAACGAAGUGUUUACAUUGAUGCAAGAGAUGAAGAACUUGAAAAAGAUACUAUGGAUAAUUGGGAUGAGAAAAAGCUGGAAGAAGUAGUAAACAAGAAGCACGGUGAGGCGGAAAAGAAAAAACCAAAAACUCAAAUAGUGUGCAGACAUUUUCUUGAAGCUAUUGAAAAUAACAAGUAUGGCUGGUUUUGGGUGUGUCCUGGAGGUGGGGACAACUGCAUGUAUCGCCAUGCACUUCCUCCUGGAUUUGUGCUAAAGAAAGACAAAAAGAAAGAAGAGAAGGAAGACGAAAUCUCAUUAGAAGAUCUAAUUGAAAGAGAGCGUUCUGCCCUAGGUCCAAAUGUUACCAAAAUCACUCUAGAAUCUUUUCUCGCGUGGAAGAAGAGGAAAAGACAAGAAAAGAUUGAUAAACUUGAACAAGAUAUGGAGAGGCGGAAAGCUGACUUCAAAGCAGGGAAAGCACUGGUGAUCAGUGGUCGUGAGGUAUUUGAAUUUCGUCCUGAGCUGGUCAAUGAUGAUGAUGAGGAAGCAGACGAUACCCGUUACAUUCAGGGAACAGGUGGUGAUGAGGUUGAUGAUUCUAUGGGUGUAAAUGACAUAGAUAUAAGCCUGUACGUCCCAAGAGAUGUAGAAGAGACGGGUAUCACUGUGGCCAGUGUUGAAAGAUUCAGCACUUACGCGCCAGAUAAAGACGAGAACAAAUUAAGUGAAGCUUCUGGGGGUCUGGCUGAAAAUGGUGAAAGAAGUGAUUUGGACGAGGACAGCGGAGGGGGAGGACAGGAAAAUGGAUCCAUCGAUGCUGUUCCUGUUGAUGAAAACCUGUUCACUGGCGAAGAUCUGGAUGAACUAGAAGAAGAAUUGAACACUCUUGAUUUAGAAGAAUGACAAGGAUGAAAACUAGGUCAGCUCACUAGGAUCAACAUGAACUGAGAUUGACUCCAUUAAUUGUUUGGCCACCUAGAAUCAGCAGGAUGUUUCUUUCCCCGUGAUGAUCCUGGAGGGAUUCUGUCCUCCACAAAGGGAGUCCUAGCCCUGCGUCCUCUCUUCUGACUUUGACUACAUCUCAUAGUAAGUUCAGAGUAGUUGGUGAUAAAUUAAAAAUGGUCGUUACAGAAGAUGAUUGUUGUUGUAACUGUCCACUCAUGUAGGAAGUGUAACCGCUUUUCCAGCUUUUGGUUUUCAUUGGGCAUGUGUAAUUUCCAGAAACAACAGAUUCAUUCACACUUAAGAUCCUUGCGUUUGAUGCAGUUUUUAAUGAGUGGUUUCCUUUCCUUUGUAUUUAUGUUUUAGAGACUGCCUGAAAGGUGAGCACUGUAUUUGAUAAAAGACACUGCAGAUGCAGAUUCAGUGUUGUACUUCUGUGGACAAUUAGGUGGACACUGAGAAUGGGACUUGUCAACCCGACAGGGUCAGCUACAGUGCCCUGUGUUAAAGCUGUUUGAAGUUCUCCCCUUUUUUGCCAAUAAAGUUGUAAAUAAAAACCAUCAUACAUCCAAAUCCAA